AUGGCAGCCAAGAGGAUACUGGUGUAUCGAAAUGGGGACCCCUUCUUUCCAGGCCACCAGCUGGUGGUGACCCAACGCCGCUACCCCACCAUGGAGGCUUUCCUUUAUGAGGUGACAUCAGCUGUGCAAGCCCCACUGGCUGUACGUGCCCUCUACACACUUAGUGAUGGCCACCCUGUCACCAACCUGGCUGACUUACAGAACGGAGGGCAGUAUGUGGCUGCUGGCUUUGAACGAUUCCACAAGAUCCACUAUUUGCCUCCUGGAAGGAAAUACCCAGGUGGGAAGAACAGGCAACAACAUUCUCCCAUGUCUCAGCACCCAUGUGACGGGGCCUUUGGACAGUGGUUGCCAGCAGACACCCUCUGCUAUAUCCAUGUGUUCAGGAACGGGGACCUGCUAAGUCCCCCCUUCAGUCUGAAGCUGUCCCAGACUGCCAUCCAGGACUGGGAAGUGGUCUUGAAGCUUCUGAAUGAGAAGGCUACGGUACAGAGUGGGACUGUACACAAACUCUGCACCCUCGAGGGGCUCCCGCUGUCCACAGGGACUGCCCUGGUGAAUGGCCACUACUAUGUGGCCGUUGGAGAAGAAGAGUUCAAAGCCCUCCCAUAUAUGGAGCUGCUGGUGCCCAGCCCCUCUCUGUCCAGGGGCUGCUGGUGUCCUCCAGGCCUUAAGUACAAAGCCCACAGGCAGAGGGUCCAGGGCCACAAGGCCCAGGCAGCCCAGCCUUCUCCAAAGGAGUCGAGAGAAACUAAGCCAUCGGUUUUCUAUGCCAGAUCCCAGCAGUCCCUUCAGCCAUGGAGCAAGCUCCCGCCUCUCUCAUUUGCAUCAGGAGUUAAGGGAGUCUAUGGGGCUCCGUACCCGAGGAAGGAGACAGCUGGGGCUCAGGAAGUGGAUGAGGAUGAAAACACCUGCAGAGAGGAGCCUGUGGAUCAGAGGGCAGCAGAGACAGUAGACGAGGCUUUGUCUGCGCGACACCAGCCUGGGCCUGAAGCUGUAGCCCCAACCUCCGCCCAUACUCCACCAUCUUAAGUGCUGGGAGCUUCAGACAGAAACUGCGGACAACCAUUCCCAGUCACCUCUAGUCCCCAGCCCUCAGCAGUGUGUUCUGGAGAAGCCAUACCUCCUGAGCUCACAGUAGGUGUGGCCUCCUCACCCCGCCUCAGUCACAGGCGAGCAAGUUCUAUGGAGGCUACUUCCUUAUGUGACCCCUGCUCAGGAGCAGGCUCAUUACAAUAAAAUAUUUGCUAAGCUUU